AUGCCCUGUAAAAAGUUUUACCGCCAAAGGGCACAUUGUAACCCUCUUUCGGAUAGUUACAUAAAAUACCCCGUCAAUUAUAGAUAUGUGAACUGGCAUUUACAUUACCCGCAUUAUUUCCCUGACCCGGAAGGACCAGCUGAGAAAAUGGACGGAGAAAAAAAAAAGGAGAUGACUCGUGGUCAGAAAGGUCAGAUUAAUCAGCAGAUUGCUGAUCAGGAUGGUGAACAGAAUAACAUUCAACGAAGUGACGAAAUUAACGAAGGUACGAAACCUUUGAAUAAUCUCUAUCUAAAUACAAAUAUAUACCCAAUAACAUACGAAAAAAUAUUAUUGCCGAGUCAGGUGAACACCCAUGACAUAGCUAUUUUGGACGUAGGUUGUGGAUAUGGAGGUUUAUUAUUUGCGUUAAGUAGCACAUUUAAUAAUAAAUUAAUAUUAGGGCUAGAAAUAAGAGAUAAGGUAACGAAUUAUGUAGGGGAAAAGAUAAACUCAUAUAGAAAAAAUUAUUUUCCUAAUUAUAAUAACAUAUCUGUUAUUCGUACAAAUGCUAUGAAAUUUUUACCAAAUUAUAUUAAAAAAAAUCAAAUAGAAAAAAUUUUUUUUUGUUUUCCUGAUCCUCAUUUUAAAAAACAAAACUGGAGAAGAAGAAUAAUAACUAUAGAAAACUUAUCAUUAUAUCAUCAUUUGUUACAAAAAAAUGGAAUGAUCUAUUUUAUUACUGAUGUUUUUACUUUAUAUUUAUGGACAAAAUUAUGCUUUAGUAAAUACCCAUAUUUUAAACUACUCUCCACAGAAGAGUAUAAAAAUGAUAUUUGUAUAAAGUUAAUACAUCAGAGUUCAGAAGAAUCAAAGCGAGUAAAAAAAAACAACCAGACCAUGUAUUUCUUGGUUGCAAAAAAAAUUUAG